UGUCAUUUCAAAGAAAGAAAUCUGAAAAUAUAGGAAUGUUCUGGGUGGGCGAUAUCAAAACAACAUUUCUCAAAUUUCUAUCAACUUGCAAAUCAACCAACCAAUCGCGAUGAAUUUUCGAGAAUAAGGACGUGCAACAAGGACUCAUCUGAGUACAAUAAUUGGUCGCAGGCGUUGCCAUAGCGGAUAAAUAAAAUUUAGCAACGCCCAUAUCAUCGGUCUUGAAUUUCAUUUUGGAUAUGUUUUUCCAUAUAAAUGGGGAAUCUGUAUGAAAUAGCAAUAUUCUCACGAGCAUGGCAAUAGGUGCUUAAACUGUACCGAUUUGCGAUAAGAUGAAAAGAGAGAAAAAUGCAAGAAAAACGGAAAUCGACUGAAAAUUGCUCGUUUAAGUGCAAUCUUAUUCUUCAAUUUGUGUUGACUACAUUUUUGUUUGUGUUUAUAUUUCUGGGUACAUUGGAAGGGAUUUCUGUGUACAUUGAUGAUGCGUUUAUGCAAAAUGAUUUAGUUCGAUGGAGGAGCUUGAAAUUCCAAAUUUCUGGUUUACAGUGUUAUGUACACCUAUGUAUUUACAUAUCCUGGAUUUACGAGAACGAGAUGGAGAAUGAAAAUGGUACUUUUUGACACUCUUGGCGCUCGAUCACUGAAAAAAUACGUUUAUAAAACGAUUUUCGCAAAUUAAACGCUCGAUUCAAUUUAACCGUGGCAGUCGUUUAGUAUCUUGGCUUUGUGAUAAACGUAUUUCACUUCUGAUAAAUAUACUUAGUAUAAAUUUAUAUGUAGAGAACAUCUCCCGUGAUUUUUUCUUCUUCUUCUUCCAUCCAUUUGAUCAGAGAUUUCCAGAAGAAUUUCCUGCAAAAAACUAAAUUUUUAGCCAGCUUUUGGCGGUGUCAAUAAAAUACUAAAUAAAUACUAAAUACUAAAAAAUAAAUAUGCAAGAAAGUUCAAAAUCAUUUUUGAUAAAGGAUUUACUCCGCGAUCUAGUGCAAAAUACAGAUUCAUCAACAAAAGGCAGCUUAGAACAGAACUUAGACGACAAUGAUGAAAACAUAAACGUCGAUAUUGAAGAGUCAUCGUGUGAAUCGGAAGUCGAUUAUCACUCACAUAAUACAACAUCAAUGCAGUUGGAUGUUGGGAACGGUCGUAUGAAUGUUGAGAUGUUUCACAGUCAACGUUUGGCACCCGAUAUCAAGACAGGUUUCCAAAAUCUCAAAGUCGGACGGAAACCACGUCGUCGUCGAACGGCAUUCACUCAUUCCCAGUUGGCAUAUUUGGAGCGAAAAUUUCGAUGUCAAAAGUAUCUGUCUGUAGCUGAUCGAAGUGAUGUGGCCGAUGCAUUGUCACUCUCGGAAACACAGGUGAAGACAUGGUAUCAAAACCGCAGAACAAAAUGGAAAAGACAAAACAGCCUACGGCUCGAACAAUUGAGGCAUCAAGCAACAAUCGAUAAAGACUUACUAUCAUCAUCUGAUCAUAAUGCCAUUGAUGUGACAUCCAUGUCUUGUUGUCCAACUACGUCUCUCCCUUCAUUUUCAGCAACAAAUCCGUGUACUUUUUUAACAUCAGCUGCGGCCGCUGCAGCAAUUUUCCGAAAUGUUGGCUAUGUGCACGGUUGUCCUUUGUAAAAAUGAAUUAAACCAAAGAUAAAGCUUGGUGUUCAGAUACUACUAUUGAAUUUGUUGUGCAAUACAAUUUUAUCCAUACAAUAAAAUGUUAUCCAGAAC